AUGUCUGGACAACAAGAAAAGAAAGUUGAAGCUGUUACCGAAGGUGUUUCUAAAUUACACCUAGAUGAAGUUACCGGUGAAAUGGUUUCCAAAUCAGAAUUAAAAAAACGUAUCAAACAAAGACAAGUUGAGGCUAAGAAGGCUGAAAAGAAGAAAAAUGCUAUUGCCCCACCAGCUGCUAAAAAGAAAAUCAAUGAUGCCUUUGCUGACUUAUCUCCAUCCCAAUACUUUGAGGCUAGAUCUCGUCAAAUUAAUGAGUUGAGAACUACCAAAACACCAAACCCAUAUCCACACAAAUUCCAUGUUUCCAUAGGUUUACCAGAAUUUUUGGAAAAAUACAAAUAUUUGAAACGUGGUGAAACAUUACCAAACGAAAAGGUUUCUAUUGCCGGUAGAAUUCACAACAAGAGAGAAUCUGGUUCUAAAUUGAAAUUUUACGUUUUACAUGGUGAUGGUGUGGAAGUCCAAGUAAUGUCUCCAUUACAAGAUUAUUUUGAUGAAAACCGUUACGAAGCUGACCAUGAUUUGUUGAAAAGAGGCGAUAUUAUUGGUGUUGAAGGUUAUGUUGGUAGAACCCAGCCUAAAAAAGGUGGUGAAGGUGAAAUUUCCGUUUUUGUUUCCCGUGUUGUUUUAUUGACACCAUGUUUACACAUGUUGCCAACUGAUCAUUUCGGUUUUAAAGAUCAAGAAUUAAGAUACAGAAAAAGAUAUUUAGAUUUAAUUAUGAAUAAAGAAUCCAGAGGUAGAUUUAUCACUAGAAGCAAAAUCAUUACCUUUAUCAGACAAUUCUUGAAUGAGCGUAAAUUUAUCGAAGUUGAAACCCCAAUGAUGAAUGUUAUUGCUGGUGGUGCUACUGCUAAGCCAUUCAUCACCCAUCACAAUGAUUUGAACAUGGAUAUGUUUAUGAGAAUUGCACCUGAAUUGUUUUUGAAAGAGUUGGUUGUUGGUGGUAUGGAUCGUGUUUAUGAAAUAGGUAGACAAUUUAGAAAUGAGGGUAUUGACAUGACUCACAACCCUGAAUUUACCACAUGUGAAUUUUAUCAAGCUUAUGCUGAUGUUUAUGACUUGAUGGAUAUGACUGAAUUGAUGUUUUCUGAAAUGGUUAAAGAAAUCACCGGUUCUUAUGCUAUUAAAUAUCAUCCUGAUCCAAAUGCUCCAGAAAAAGAGUUGGUUUUAGACUUUAGUCGUCCAUGGAAAAGAAUCAAUAUGAUUGAAGAAUUGGAAGUCCGUUUUGGCGUUAAAUUCCCAUCUGGUGACCAAUUACACACUGCUGAAACCGGUGCAUUUUUAAAGAAAAUCUUGAUUGAUAACAAAAUGGAAUGUCCACCACCAUUAACUAAUGCUCGUAUGUUGGACAAACUAGUUGGUGAAUUGGAAGAUACUUGUAUUAAUCCAACAUUUAUUUUUGGUCAUCCUCAGAUGAUGUCUCCGUUGGCUAAAUAUUCCAGAGAUCAACCUGGUUUGUGUGAAAGAUUUGAAGUUUUUGUUGCUACCAAGGAAAUCUGUAACGCUUACACUGAAUUGAAUGAUCCAUUUGAUCAAAGAGCUAGAUUUGAGGAGCAAGCUAGACAAAAAGCACAAGGUGAUGAUGAGGCUCAAUUGGUUGAUGAAACCUUCUGUAACGCUUUGGAAUACGGUUUACCUCCAACUGGUGGUUGGGGUUGUGGUAUUGACAGGUUGGCCAUGUUUUUAACUGAUUCUAAUACCAUUAGAGAAGUCUUGUUGUUCCCAACUUUGAAACCAGAUGUUCUAAGAGAUGAAUUAGAAAAGGAGGAAGAAAAGGAGGAAGCAAAAUAA